ACGACAUGCAGCCUGAUUGGUUACCUUAUGGUAUAUGUCCGGUAUCUGCUUAUCCUCGUAGCACGUACUACGGGUGGCUGCGAUACUUGGAUAUCGUUGAGCCGUAUAUGCCAGAUCGUACUUUACGCCAGCUUGGAUUCAUUCAGGAGGUUCCCCAUCAUAUUUUGGAGCCGGAGUCUUGCUAUAGGCCUUCUGUUGGGGAUAGGUACAGGGUAGACUUCUCAUUUAUAGCACAGCGACAGACAUGGGAUUUAUUUCCACGUGCUUCACAGCUUAUGUUGGGUGGUCUGCAUAAGGCCCCACUUCCUUCGAUGGCGACAGAUGCUUACAUGCAGUGGUAUGAUGCGUACUCCCAUCGUUUCAUCAUUAACCCGACUGAGUUGCCAGAUGGUGGAGCCGGAUCAAAUUAUGUUGAGGGUUUGGUUCCAGAUCAGGUAUUAGCUUCGAUGUUCGGUAUGAUGGACCCGUUUAUUGAACGGGACACCAGUGAUCUGCCCGAUGAUUUUCGAGCAUUAUUUGAUGGACUGUUUGGGUGGUAUGAGGCAUGGAACCUUACCCGUGGUGUGGAUCGACGUCGGAGAACGUAGUCAUAUUUUGUAUUUUUAUUUGAACUAAUUAUCGAUUUAAUGAGAUUUGUAUUUUUAUUUGAACUUAUUAUUUUUCGGCUAUAGUGUAACGAUUUUA